GCACCGGACGUUGAAGACGGUAAAAGGAGCUCGUCCGUCCAUAUAGCUGGUGAAUUUGUUUGUAUAUUUCCGGUGCCGUUUUCUUCGUUUGAUACAAAAAGAUAAACACAAGAUGCGUGAAAUCGUUCACAUUCAGGCUGGGCAGUGCGGCAACCAGAUUGGUUCUAAGUUUUGGGAAGUGAUCAGCGACGAGCACGGAAUCGAUCCCAACGGCAUCUACACAGGCCAGCACGAAAUCCAACUCGAACGGAUCAAUGUAUACUAUAACGAGGCCACAGGAUAUACAGGUACAGGCGGGAAAUAUGUGCCCAGAGCCAUCCUGGUCGAUCUGGAGCCCGGCACCAUGGACUCCGUCAGGUCCGGUCCUUUCGGGCAGCUCUUCAAGCCAGACAACUUCGUCUUCGGUCAGAGUGGGGCAGGCAACAACUGGGCCAAGGGGCACUACACCGAGGGCGCCGAACUGGUCGAUUCUGUGAUCGAAAUGGUGCGCAAAGAGGCCGAGAACUGCGACUGCCUCCAGGGAUUCCAGCUGACCCACUCCCUCGGAGGGGGCACCGGCUCCGGCAUGGGCACGCUCCUCAUCUCCAAGAUCCGAGAGGAAUACCCAGACAGAAUCAUGAACACCUUCUCCGUUAUGCCCAGCCCAAAGGUUUCCGACACAGUCGUGGAGCCCUACAACGCGACCCUCUCCGUCCACCAACUUGUCGAGAACACAGACGAAACUUACUGCAUCGACAACGAAGCCCUCUACGACAUCUGCUUCAGGACUCUCAAGCUAACCACGCCCACAUACGGUGACCUGAACCACCUCGUUUCCCUCACGAUGUCCGGCGUCACGACCUGCCUCCGAUUCCCAGGUCAGUUGAACGCCGACCUUAGGAAACUCGCCGUCAACAUGGUGCCCUUCCCACGUCUCCACUUCUUCAUGCCAGGAUUCGCUCCUCUGACAGCAAGAGGGUCCCAGCAGUACAGACCACUCACCGUCCCAGAGUUAACUUCUCAGAUGUUCGACGCCAAGAACAUGAUGGCCGCCUGCGACCCCCGCCACGGCAGGUACCUGACGGUGGCCACCGUGUUCCGAGGGCGCAUGUCCAUGAAGGAGGUGGACGAACAGAUGCUGAGCGUCCAGAACAAGAACUCCUCCUACUUCGUCGAGUGGAUUCCAAACAACGUCAAGACCGCCGUCUGCGACAUCCCGCCCAGAGGAAUGAAGAUGGCAGCAACCUUCAUCGGAAACUCGACUGCUAUUCAGGAUCUGUUCAAGCGAAUCUCAGAGCAAUUCACCGCUAUGUUCCGGCGAAAGGCUUUCCUCCACUGGUACACGGGCGAGGGAAUGGACGAAAUGGAGUUCACCGAGGCAGAGUCCAACAUGAACGACUUGGUAUCAGAGUACCAGCAGUACCAGGAGGCCACAGCAGACGAAGAAUAUGAAGACGAAGAGGAAUACGCCGAAGGAGAGUACGUCGACAACUACUAAAGGAAGAAGAAGACUAACUGAGCCUUGAGUACCUCCCCAAAACAUGACCAAGAACAAAGGAUUAAUACUUUACUCCUCCGUUGAAGUUUUUCCUUUUUAAAGAAAGAAUUUGUUACUGUGUAACUUAUUCUGAAGUUAAGGGUCAUGUUUCUUGCACUUCUUAAAACUUUAGACAUAAAAUAAACAAAAAGAAAUACUAAUUGGCAAGCCUACUUCCAAGCUAUUUCACGCCGUUAUGAAAUUAUUUAAGGUUCUUAGUACUACGAAUGCCUUUUAUUAUAAGAGUACUUUUACUUAUUUCCAUUGUUGUACCAUUUCUUUAGUACUGUUCCCGUGAAAUCUUUUCUGUAAGUCUAACUGUUCCUUGUUAAGUGAGAAGACGAUUACAGGUGUUGGAUGUUAUUCUGAUAUUAUCUCGGUGAUAUCCCAGUCAUGAACAGCUCCUUCAUAGAUGGCGUCCUUAUCCCGGUUACUUCUGUCUGUAUUGUAUUCCAGCACUGAACAGCUUCUCUCAAAUACUGCCGGAAUGAUAACUAGCAGGGAUGGGAUAUUAUCCCAUCUAUGUCCCAUCUUUAAACAGAUUCUUUCAAGAUGGCUUCUCCUUUUGCGGCUAGAUAUCGGUUUUUAGGGCAUUUGAUGAAUCAAAGGGCUCUUUCAUAAUAUUUCCACAGUGCCUAGAAGUUAACAUUAACUACCAUUAUAUUUGCUGUGUAGCAGAGAUCUAACGAUGAAACUUGUGCCUUAUUGUCUGUUUCACUUCAUCUGGUCGAAUCUCAGUUUAAACAUUGAAAACCAUCAUAUAUAUAUAUUAUACAUUGUACAGGUAAGGUUUUAUGCAUAAACCUAUUUGCUUUUUACCCUGAUAACACUUGUGAGAUGCCAUCUACUAGAUUUAUAGCUCUUUAGAGAUAAUCGAAUAUGGAACUUCGUGAUCCUAAGACAAUAACAUAUCAAAAGAAAUAUUUAUUUAUUUAAAAGUAGAUAGGUUUAAAGUUAUAUGAAAAUUUAAAAGCAAUAAUAAACCGACUUAGGCAUUAAGGCUUCUUAUGUUAUGUGAAACAAUACCAGAAAAAGGUUCUAGGCUUUUUCCGUGAAAAAGCUUGGCAGAGAGAAUCCGGCGGUCCUUAUUACGCCUGUUCCCCUCCCCCCACGCAAGUGUCUUGAAGCAUAGGUUUUAAGCAACAACGAAGCUAAGAGCUAUUUUGAACGUUCGACCUCUUUCCAAAGGAUAGUCCUAGACUCACUGCCAAUUGGCUUAUUCUUCUCUCUUCCACAACCCGCCUCUCGUAGUUAUUCACUCGUUUCGUCUUUCCCGAUGCUAUGUUUUCUUCCAUAUGUAAACACUACGUAACUUUUUUAAAUUGUUCCUUUGCUGCAAAUGUUGUCGACACUUGAUUCAUUAAGGAGCUUUUCAUUCUACGGUCAAAGCAGCCUCCUGUUUUGUAGAGUAAAAUUGACGUCCAAUAAAAGAGAACUGAGUUA